GGCGAUUUACCAUUUUGGGUUUGAUUGCAUCCUUUUGUCAUGUCUAUCCGGUUUGAGGUGGCCGGUAUAUUGCAUUUUUAUUACACGAAUUAUUCAAUUUCGAAGACCAUUAGUGACCCAGUAUCAAUCUGUUAGGCUGCGAGGCUAAUAAAAGAAGUUGAAGGCGUACAAAUCCUAUUAGCCGGUGGGAGUAAUUCUUAAAAAAAAUAUAUACUCUUAGAAAAUUUAUAUGCGUUAUUUUAUUGUAUUGAAGAGGAAUAAGAAUUACAAAAACUUUGUUCAUAUACCACUAAUAAUGGAUACCACUAGACACUACAAAAAUCAAUUUGAGGAUUAUUCCAUUGCGGUUAGCCGUAAUAUAGUCAGGGAUGAUACUAAUAUGAUUCAUGAUGCAUUUAAGUCAUUAUUAACAUCAAAAAUUAAGAAUUUUAUAGAAGUAUUGAAAAAAAAUAAAAGAAAAUGGUUCGACAGAGAUGACUAUUCUGUAUAUACUGGACAAGCAGGAAUUGCAUAUACAUUAUAUCAUUAUGGAAAAUAUUAUAAUGAUUCUGAGUAUACUAAUAUGGCAGCAGAAAUAUUGCAAAGAUGUGCUACAGAAUUCAAAAGCCGACAUGAAGUCACAUUUCUGACUGGAAUUGUAGGUCCAUUAGCAUUAGCAGCAGUUAUACUUCACUCACAACAAAAGAAAGAACAAGCAGAACAAUUAAUUCUUAAAUUGAAAUCUUUAUCUACUUAUAUUUUGGAUAAACAUAGUGGUGUCCCUGAUGAAUUAUUAUAUGGAAGAGCUGGAUAUUUAACUGGUUUACUUUAUUUAAAUUUAAAUAUACUUCCAGCUCCUAUAGAAGCAGAUCUUAUCAAACAAGUUGUUUCUUGUAUAAUUAAUUCUGGAAUAUCAUAUGCUACUUCAAAUCGUAGCCAAUCACCUUUAAUGUAUUCUUGGCACGAUACAGAAUAUAUUGGUGCUGCUCAUGGAUUAGCAGGCAUAUUGUAUUUGCUCUUGCAGGCACGACAAUAUUUAACGCAGGUGCAGAUCGAUGAUUACAUUAAACCAUCUUUGUAUUAUCUCCAGAAAUUGCAAUUUUCUUCUGGAAAUUUUCCUUCUUCAAUUGGCAAUUUUUCUGACAAAUUAAUACAUUGGUGUCAUGGAGCACCUGGAAUGUCUGCAUUAUUUUGUUUGGCUUAUAAGGUGUUCGAAGACAAUACAUUUCUAGAGACUGCAAUACAAUGUGGAGAAGUAACAUGGGAACGAGGACUACUAAAAAAAGGAUAUAGUAUUUGUCAUGGUGUUGCUGGAAAUGGUUAUACUUUUAUACAUUUAUUUCAGCAAACAAAGAAUAUCAAAUACUUAUAUCGGGCUUGUAAGUUUGCCGAGUGGUGUUUUGAUUAUGGAUUACAUCAAACUCGAUCUCCUGAUAGACCUUUUUCUUUAUUCGAAGGUCUUGCUGGUGUUAUUUAUUUUUUAUUGGAUAUGCAACAACCACAUUUAGCUAAAUUUCCAAUGUAUGAUAUUUAA